UCUUGCAAACCGCCGUGAGAUCGCAAGAGCUUGGUGCGAUCCUGCUCUUUCUAUCAAAUACUCAUGGCAGAAGAGUGAAAUCGUUCCCAGAAUAAUAACGAACUGGUGUGGUAGAGCUACAAAGGCUCGGUGUAAGGGAAAGCAAACCUAAUUUCGAAAGAUUUAGGUGCAACACUGCAUUUUUGGCUGUAGAUUUUGAUGCAGCAUGCUCAUCGGUGACAGUCAGUUCUUCAGCGCCCGACCGAGCCAUCGGCGGCUGAUACUAGGUCUCGUUCUAGUAUUAUGUUUGGACUUCGUGUUGACCCAGCAAGAGUCCCUUCAACUUGAUGACACGGCAUUAGGAAUACAAGGAGACCAGGGAUCAAAUAGAUGCAGGGGCAGGGAUUGUACUACAGGUAGCUGUAAAUGCGUGGGAGAGAAAGGCUCAAGGGGUCCACAUGGACUUCCCGGAGAACAAGGAAUCCAGGGAUUGCCCGGCAUGGAAGGACCCGAGGGUCUAUCAGGUCCAAAAGGCUACAGCGGAGAGUCGGGACGUGCCGGGCCACUAGGACCCAAGGGCGACCGGGGUAGGAUUGGCCAGCCAGGUUUCCCAGGUAUCAAUGGAAUUCCGGGUAUCCAAGGUUCUCCUGGAGCUACAGGCCGACCCGGUAUGGACGGCUGCAACGGCACUGACGGAUCACCAGGUCUUCCUGGCUCGCUGGGUCCUGAAGGACCGCCAGGCCUGCCCGGGUACCCAGGACCUACUGGUCUGAAGGGAGAACCAGCUGUCACUGGUCUGAAGGGAAUGAAGGGAUUGCCAGGCAUAAAUGGUCAACCAGGUCAACCGGGCCCUCGUGGAUUCGAUGGUGAAUCAGGCCGUCCAGGACCCCCGGGACCUAUCGGCCGUCCGGGCCCAGCUGGUCUGUUGGGACCAAAGGGACCAAAAGGCAACAUGGGUCUUGGUAUGCAGGGCUUGAAAGGAACUAAGGGUGAUCUGGGACCACCGGGUCCAACUGGUACUCAAGAAUUCAAAGGCUCUAAAGGACUGAUUAUUGUUAAGGGUGAUUCAGGACCCAUGGGUAUGAAGGGUAUGAAGGGUGAUUAUGGCAACACAGGUAUGAAGGGAGAGACAGGUGAUCUCGGUCACUCAGGAUUGCCCGGGCCACUUGGAAUGAAAGGUGAAAAGGGUGUGCCAGGACCAGCUGGACCCAGAGGCAAGCAAGGUUUCCCGGGACCACAAGGCAUUCAGGGCUUCAAGGGUGACAGAGGCAAUGACGGACAGCCCGGCUGGCCAGGCAUUUCUGGUAGCAAGGGAGAUUCAGGUUUUACUGGACGUGAGGGCUCCAAGGGUGAAGCCGGAGACUGUGAACCAGGCGUUGGGCCAGCAGGAGAUCCGGGUCUGCCCGGACCACCAGGCGAGCCUGGCUAUCCUGGUUUGGACGGUGAACGAGGUGUGCCCGGACCAAUGGGCCUAACGGGAGAGAAAGGUGGACCAGGUGUACCAGGAUUCCCCGGUCCAGAAGGCCCUGCUGGUAGCGUUGGACAGAAGGGAGACGGUGGCUACCCAGGUCUUGAUGGUCAGCCAGGUCUCCAGGGAAGACCAGGAUCCUCCGGCGGGAAGGGAGAGACGGGAGAAUCAGGCAUACCAGGUGUAGCUAUUCAGGGACCUCCAGGUUUGAAUGGACAGCCAGGUUUGGAUGGCCGACCAGGAGAGAAGGGAGACCGUGGAUCCGCCGGUGCACCAGGUCCUUGCCGUCCUAGGAAUGAUUCGCUGAUUGUUGGACCAAUGGGUCCCGACGGUGACAAGGGAAAUGCUGGCUACCCUGGCAUCCCCGGACGUGAUGGCUACCCUGGUACCCCUGGAUCUAAGGGUGAACUUGGUGGGACAUGCAAUGCAUGCAGCAAGGGAGGAAAGGGUGAGAAGGGAACGUCAGGUUUCGAUGGUCGCCCCGGAGCGCCCGGUGACAGAGGUAUGGGUGGUGAGAAGGGUGACAUAGGAUCUCGAGGAGAGGAUGGAAUACCAGGUGCUUCGGGCCGCCCAGGCCAGCCGGGCUUGAACGGCAUUGAUGGUCGACCAGGUAGCAAGGGAGACAAGGGUGAACCAACGUACGUUCCAGGAACCCUCUCUAAAGGAGACAAAGGCGAGAGUGGUUUUGAUGGCAGGCCCGGAGGCUCAGGAGAACCCGGACCCCGUGGCCCACCAGGUCUAGAUGGUAUGCCUGGCCUUGAGGGACUACCAGGUAUCAAGGGUGAGUCCGGACUCCCGGGACGUCCGGGUGCAGAGGGCCGCAGCGGUCUUCCCGGCCUGGAUGGAUUUAAUGGAACCAAGGGUGACCCAGGUCAACAGGGUGACAUGGGCCCACCAGGACCUCGUGGAUCCGUCGAUCAGAUUCUGGCAAUCAAGGGCGAGCCAGGUCUGGACGGUCUGCCCGGACCCAGGGGAGAUGAGGGCGAGAAAGGUGUACGAGGACUGACGGGACCACGUGGUGAACACGGACAAGAUGGCCGCCCCGGAGCAGCCGGAAGACCUGGUUCAUCUGGUAAUGAUGGUCUUCCAGGAUUACCAGGAUUGCCAGGAAUGAAGGGAAAUCAGGGAAUACCAGGAGUCGGACUGCCUGGCGAAAAGGGAGACAAUGGACCAGCAGGAGAACGGGGAUUCCCUGGACCACCCGGUGGACCUGGCCGUGACGGCGAGCGUGGAUUCCCUGGUCCAGCAGGGCCGAAGGGUGAUCGUGGCUUUAACGGCGUGCCAGGGCCAUCUGGCGGUAUAGGAGUCAAGGGUGAACCAGGACCUUACGGUGUGCGUGGCCAGAAGGGCGAGUCUGGACUUCCUGGUCUUGAUGGACUCAAGGGCGAUCAUGGUGAGAAUGGCGGUCCAGGUUUUGACGGGCUGCCCGGCCGCCCCGGUGAUAAGGGAGAUGCGGGCCUACCCGGCCUUGAUGGACCUGUGGGAGAGAAGGGUUACCCUGGCCGCGGUGGACCAUCGGGCCGUGACGGACUACCCGGGUUGCCAGGACUGCCAGGAGCAAAGGGUAGCCCAGGACUGAGUGGACGUCUGGGUGAACCAGGAACACCAGGUCGUGAUGGUUUGCCAGGAUUCCCAGGCGAAAAGGGAGGCAGAGGAAUGGGCGGGUUGGAUGGCCUCCCAGGCCUCAGCGGACCCAAAGGUAGCAGCGGAGAUCCAGGUAUUUCCGGUCGCGAUGGUGUUAAAGGUGAACCAGGAUCCGUUGCACGAGAGGGAGAACCUGGAGAGAAUGGCUUCCCAGGAGCCCCGGGUAGAGCAGGAGCACCGGGACUGCCAGGACUUGACGGACAGCCAGGUGGUAAGGGAGACAGAGGCGAGCCAGGCUUUGGACCAGAGGGACCUAGCGGAGAAUCAGGCAGACCCGGACAGGAUGGGCUACCCGGCCUGCCAGGUCUUCCCGGCAUGAAGGGAGUCGCAGGCAUGCCUGGGUUCCCGGGCACGUCCGGAUUAAAGGGUGAUGUCGGACCCAGCGGACCGGCCGGACUGCCCGGAAGAGACGGAUUUCCCGGAGCGAAGGGCGCUCGCGGUAACGACGGCUAUCCGGGUAUCGACGGCAUGAAGGGAGACAGCGGCUUGGCGGGACUACCGGGAUUACGGGGACCGGAAGGACCGAGUGGAAAUCCGGGACUGCCAGGUCGCGACGGUGCGCCCGGAAACUGGGGACAGAAGGGAGAGGGAGGCAUACCCGGUGGCCCAGGAUCCGACGGUCUUCCCGGUCUGGACGGCGAACCAGGACUUCCGGGAGAUUACGGUGAACCGGGAGAGUCGGGACUUCCGGGCCGUGAAGGCCUGCCAGGUCUGGCGGGAUUGAAGGGCGACUCAGGACGCGACGGUCUUCCAGGAAGAGACGGCGAGCCAGGAAGACGCGGAGAUUCAGGAAUCGACGGCUUCCCUGGUGUCAAGGGUGAAGCAGGUCUUCCGGGACUGGGUGUGGCGGGAGAUAAGGGUGAUGCGGGCCGUCCCGGUCGGGAUGGUGUACCAGGAAGGCCAGGAGCUAAGGGAGAUGACGGACAGGAUGGUCUUCCCGGAUUGCCAGGUCUACCAGGCGCAGAUGGGCUUUCCGGCAGAGAAGGCAGAAAGGGAGACUCGGGACUGCCCGGACCAUCAGGCUUCCCAGGACAAGACGGAGAGCCAGGCACCUCAGGACGUGACGGUCUACCCGGUCUACCAGGCGUUAAGGGAGAUAGAGGUUACAAUGGCCGCGACGGAGAACAGGGCGACUGUGGACCAGGAGGUCAAGAUGGGCUAAAUGGACUCGAUGGACAAGAUGGAGAGCGCGGUGACUCGGGUCGUAGCGGACUGCCAGGCAGAGAUGGUGCUAAGGGUGAUCGUGGCAGCGAUGGUCUUCCAGGCUUGCCGGGAGUAAAGGGUGAUUUCGGAUUGAGAGGACUCAAGGGAGAACCGGCACCAGGACCUCAGUUUGACAAGGGUGCGAAGGGCGAUUCAGGAUAUCCGGGUCUCGAUGGACCUAAGGGAGAAUCUGGUCGUGACGGAUCCCCAGGAUUCCCAGGAUUGGCUGGAGGGAAGGGCGAUUCAGGAUUGCCAGGAGUGGAUGGACUUCCAGGCCCACGUGGUCUUCCUGGUCUAGAUGGACCACCAGGAGAACAAGGCUUGCCAGGUACCCGUGGACCCUUGGGAGAGCCGGGCCGAGCAGGUCGACCAGGAAACGUGAUUCCCACAGGCUUCAUGCUUGUUCGACACAGUCAGACCACUUCGACGCCCAUCUGCCCACAAAACAUGGUCAAGCUGUGGGAGGGAUACAGCUUGCUCUACAUCGAAGGCAACGAGAAGGCGCAUCAUCAGGAUCUUGGUUAUGCUGGUUCUUGUCUGCAAAGGUUCAGCACUAUGCCAUUCGUCUUCUGCAAUUUUAACAGCGUCUGCAACUAUGCAUCGAGAAACGACAAAUCCUACUGGCUGUCCACUAACCAGCCUAUUCCUAUGAUGCCGGUCAUGGAGACGGCGAUUCAGCCAUACAUCAGUCGCUGCACCGUGUGCGAGUCUCAGGCUAACACAAUUGCCGUGCACAGCCAGUCGAUGAUGAUCCCAGACUGCCCAGGAGGAUGGCAAGGUCUUUGGAUUGGUUACAGUUUCGCCAUGCACACUGCUGCGGGAGGCGAGGGAGGUGGCCAGUCCCUGUCCAGCCCAGGUAGUUGCCUGGAAGAUUUCCGCUCUACUCCAUUCAUCGAGUGCAACGGCGCUCGCGGUAGUUGCCACUAUUUCGCGAAUAAACUUAGCUUUUGGUUGACGACCGUGGGCGAGGACGAUCAGUUCUCUAUACCGCAGUCGCAGACGCUGAAGGCAGGUAGCCUACGACAGCGGGUGAGUCGAUGCCAGGUCUGCAUGAAGAUCGUGCGCUAGUCACGUGGUGACACGACGGUCGAUAUGUAAAAUAGCUGUUACACCAAAGACUGAAGACAGUGUCAUCGAUAAAAGGCCUAUAAACGUGUAUAAUAUCAUAGGUGUAUUGCAUGCCAGAAAACGUUGUUUUAACUGCAAUGCGAUGGAGUUUUUAUGUCCAUUAUCAAAAGCUUGUUAUACCUAGAGAAGAUCGUGAAUUCAAUGGUGCUAUAUUUUAGGCAUUUAUACAUGUACCUGUUGUUUUUUACAUUGUAGAUGCUUGCAGGCUUCAAACAAAUUAUGUGUAAUUUUAAGCUGAAUAUAUUGCGAUAAUGAGCUCGUUUGUGUCGUAGCAUGAAAGCAGUCAAACGUUUUUUUGGUCAUGUUAACGAAAGAAGAUACUAGCUAGUCAAACUAAUCAAAACGGUACUUCUACGUAAAUCGGUAUUAGUGUGUGUCCAGGUUGCGAGUUAGUCAACUAUUAGAUAAUGCUUUCGUAAGUCAUAUUUCAUGUUGUUUUACAACAUUUGCAUUUAUUUUUCGUCUUCUCGGCCAUGAUUUAAAGUUGUGGGGCAUUCGGAAUGAACUAAAGGCCACAGAGAAUUGGUGAGCGUGUGUUGCCUAGCAUGCGAGCGCUCAGUCUCACGUAAAUAAUAUAGUCAGUCCUUGAAGACAUCCAGCAAGCACUGAGACCUACAACCAGCUGAAUUAGUGCUACGUCUCAUUUGCCCUUGAGUUCUAUCAAACUCUGUUGCCUGAUAUAACGGUCGAUCGUUUAUAUCACAUUACUUGUUUUAUAUAUAUAUGUAAAGGGUAUUAAUAGACUUGAAGACUUAAAGUGACAUUUAGGGGGUGACUGGGCACGUCGCAGUCAAUUCUAGCAAUUCUCGGUCCCGCAAACCGAGUGAGCUCGUACCAAAUCGCUAUGCAUUUCUCUAUAUAUACAGUUGUUAAAAUAGUGACUCGAAACAUUUUUUUAUAAGUGCCAGUCUUUGCAUUUAAGAGUGAACGAUGGAGAAGUGCAAGAGCUCAUUUAGUUACGACUGAAAACCUCCAGAAUUGUCAGGACGUUUACAUUAUACGCCUGUGCUGAGUACGCGGUGUGAGUGGCAAACCUGCAUGUACUUAUGUGAAAUCUUCGUGCAUUUAUAGGAAAGACGAGGCCCGGCCAUUUUAAAUCAUCGCGCAUUACUAGAAGACGCGUCGACGACUUUCUCCUAGAAUUAAAUAAUUAUAUAUAUUUUUAAAUUCAAACCAACCUCAUUUUCAAUCGAAUAAAAUCAGGGUUGUGCAAUGAAUGGUUGUGCGUUUAUUUUUAGGUUCUAAAAUAUUGUCGAAACGCUCCUGUUAUGGUGGAUGCUUUCAAAAUUUGACUGACUUACACUCUACAGUCAUGCUGGCACGUAAUCGCUGGAUGUGGGCCAAUGCAGCAAGGCAUUCGGUGUGUAGCUGCAGUUGGCUACUGUAAUCCAUCUCGGCAUUACGGUAUUGUGUCGUUCAUUACUCUACGACAUAGUUUGAGGUCUUUUUGAUUGGUAUUGGUCCAACGCAACGCUAGAUAUAAAGCAAGGAAUCAUUAUUACCGGGAGCACGGUCUACUGCCAGCUAAUAUGUACAGCUUUGUAAACUACCCACCAGUGAAAUAAAAUCACUGUUCCCAGAACACGA